AUGCGGCAGAGGAACCAGGUCCUCACCUCCUACCUGUGGGUCCGUCAGGCCUGGCUGGAUGCCCACCUCGCCUGGGACAAGGACGCUUACGGCGGCAUCGACAGCAUCCGCAUCCCCAGCAGCUACGUCUGGCGGCCGGACAUCAUCAUCCUCUACAACGACGCCGACGACGGCUUUGGCGGCUCGGUGGAGACCAACGUGGUGCUGCGCUCCAACGGGCACAUCACGUGGGACUCACCCGCCAUCACCAAGAGCUCCUGCAAGGUGGAUGUCUCCUACUUGCCCUUCGACGGGCAGCGGUGCCGCCUCACCUUCGGCUCCUGGAGCUACAACGGGAACCAGAUCGACCUCCACAACCGGCUGGACACCGGGGACCUGACGGACUUCGUGGAGAACGUGGAGUGGGAGGCGCUGGGCAUGCCGGCUGUAAUAAAUAGAAUCACCAAGCAAAUAAAAGCCGGCAACCCCGUAAACUUUGUGCACGAAGACCCGAACGAAGACUCAGGAUACUACAUCGCCACCAUGACCAUGAUCACAGCCUCCACCGCGCUGACCAUCUUCAUCAUGAUCGUCCACCACUGCGGCCCGGGGACCCGGCCCGUGCCCCCCUGGGCCAGGUGGCUCAUCCUCCACCACAUGGCCCGGCUCUGCUGUGUCUACGAGGUGGGCGAGAGCUGCAAGAGCCCCCAACGGGUGCCAGGCAGGCAGGCGGGCAGGGAGGACACUGGGGGGCCGGGGGAGAGCCCCAUGGAGGGGGAGGUGGGUGCCGAGGCAGGGGGCUGUCCCCGGGACCACUGCCUGUGCCACCACGAUGGCCUGCUGAGGAACGUGGGCUAUGUCGCCGGCUGCUUCCGGCAUCACCAAGCCUCCCAGCGCCGGACCGGCGAGUGGAAGAAGGUGGCCAAGGUGAUGGACCGCUUCUUCAUGUGGGUCUUCUUCCUCAUGGUCUUCCUCAUGAGUGUGCUGGUCCUGGGCAAUGCUGCAUGA